AUGUCUUAUCUCCCUGUUGCCUGUCUCCUUUUACAUUAUAUUUAUCAUUUUCGCGCAUCUCAUUUGACGAUAGCUAGCUACUCCAGUUUACUGUUUAAUGGGAUUUUGAUACUUAGUCUGUCAACACUACCAAACACUGCUCAAAUGGCUGAUGACCCCGACCACUUCCCUUAUAACCCGCAGAGUCAGAACUUGACAGUGUUCAAAGUUCAGGUUGUCUUUUGCACAAUUCUUGGAUUGUUCAUUUUUUUCUUCUUUUGCAUGUUGCGGUUCAAGUUUCCUUUGGUUUAUGGAAUCAGACCUUAUCGAAAUCAGUUGAUAAGGAAGCUUCCUAACUCACUAUUUGGAUGGUGCUACGUGUUGCACAAAAUCAAAGAUAAUGAAGUACUCCAAAUAUCAGGAUUAGACUCUUUCGUGUUUUUGAGAUUUUUCAAAGUUGGAAUAAAGAUACUUUUGACUCUAUCAGUUUUUAGUCUGUUGAUAAUUUCUCCUUUCAGGUAUCUAAUUGAAGGGUAUUUGAGCGAUACCUCCCUGAUCCAUGUUAUAAGCGAUGAAGAUGAUAAACCUAAACACAAAGGUUUCAUGUUUGUGUAUUCCCUUUUCACCUAUGUUUUUACUGGGAUAGUUCUUUAUUUUAUGUUUGACGAAUCAGAGUUGAUUAUCAAAGAAAGGCAAAGAUAUUUGGCGUCACAAAGUUUGGUUACGGACAAGACCAUAAGGAUCACUAAUAUACCUCAACGUUUGUUAAGUGAAUUUGCACUCAAGGAUUAUAUCGAGAAAUUGGGAUUGGGAUCUGUUACUCAAGUAUCUAUUGUUUACGAUUAUUCUCAGCUAAACAAGUUGUUUGAACGUCGAAAAAGCAUUGUUCAAAAGCUUGAAAGAGCGUAUAGCAGCAAGUUUGGUCUUCGUCGAAGGAUUUAUUCGAAAGAUAACGUACCUUCUACUGUUCUUAACACUUCUUACAGUCUUCUAGAAUUAGAAAACACUCAAGAACCUGAAGCAGUUCCAAAUUCUAACGGGCUAUUUUCCAGGAUAUUUGCAAACUCUGGGACAUUAAAAAGACUUAGGCCUUUUGGUACUAAAGUUGAUCCUAUUUUCUAUUAUUCUACCGAGCUUCAAGGAGUUGACAAGGAGAUUGAACAGCUAAGGUUUUCAGCCAAUUUUCAGCCGAUCAAUGCUGCUUUUGUAACUUUAUCAUCUGUGGAAGAGGCGCAGCUAGCGGCCCAAGCUAUAAUAUCUCCCAAAAUAUUUCAAAUGACAACUUGUUUGGCUCCUUCUCCCAAUGAUGUUAACUGGGAUAAUUUCCUUAUAAAUGCUAAAACAAAACUUAUCAGAAAAAAUGCCAUUGAGCUGACUGUUAUACUAGUGAGUGCGCUCCUGGUUGUUCCAACUCGAUAUAUCACCAGUCUACUGAAAUUGUCUGCCAUUAAGAAAAUGUGGCCAACAUUUGGUCAUUAUCUUGAGUCACAUAAGUGGGUUAUGACAGUGGUUACAGGUAUUUUGCCUACAUAUCUUUUUACCAUCAUCAACGUGAUAUUGCCAUACUUCAUCUACUAUAUCACUCAGUACCAAGGAAUGAUUUCCAAAGGAGAUAUAGAGCUUUCAGUGAUCAAGAAGAAUUUUCUCUACGUUUUUUUCAACUUGUUUUUGAUUUUCACGGUUUUCGGUACAUUGUCAAGUUAUUGGUCGUUACUAAGCGACACAACUAGAAUUGCAUAUCUGCUGGCGACUUCGAUAAAGGAGAUGUCAGUCUUUUAUGUAAAUCUGAUUCUUCUUCAAGGUUUAACGAUGUUCCCCUUUAAAUUGCUACAGGUGGGGGAUAUGUUCUUCCUUUUUUGGCAAUAUGUUAUGUGUUACAGGUUGCAAACGCCCAGAAACUACCGGGAUCUUUUCUACAAACCGGCAGUUUUCGAUUUUGGUCUAAUCUUACCUCAGCAUAUUUUCAUUUUCAUCAUAACAUUAAUCUAUUCUGUGAUAUCCACUCAAAUUGUGACAUCAGGCCUAUGUUACUUCAUAUUAGGCUAUUACACUUACAAGUAUCAGUUAACUUACUCCAUGGUACACUUACCUCAUUCUACCGGGAAAGCAUGGAAGAUUAUUUUCAACCGAGUAGUUUUGGGCUUAUUUUUCUUCCAGUUGACGAUGAUUGGAACUUUGGCUUUGGAAUCGAGGUACAUAUUAGCCGGUCUAUUGAUUCCACUUCUCGCUAUUACUGCUGCUUUGCAGUAUGUCUUCAACAAGUAUUAUGCUCCUUUGACAACGUACAUCGCCCUAGAAUCGAUCACUAAUCCACCACCACCAUCGGAGCCAGAUUCUUCUUCUCAUAGUCCCGUGUUAACGCCUGAAAUUUUAGGGGAAGAAGAACCGUUGCUCAGAGUUCCACUAAGAAAGAGAAAGAGUACGAUUGAAGAAGAGAGGGAACUGGAACAAAAAUAUGUCUAUCCAUUAAUUAAAGAACCGUUGGAUGGACCCUGGAUAGGAUUCAAUGGGGAUUUCAUUGAGUACAUACAAUAUGAGACAGAUGGAACGACUUUGAUACCCACUGUGAAAGUAAAGAAGCAUACUAGAGUCGAAUAUGAUUAA